UUCUUUGUGAAGUACUAAUGUCAGUUCUGUACAUUUAAUUAUGAAAAAAUCUUUAUUAAAUCUUUUACGUAUCAUUGUAACCUUGUAAUUGCGUGUUUCAAUACGUCAGUUUAACUGGCUGAGUUGAAUUUGUAGACCAGUCCUGGUACAGUGUGUUUGCUAAUCUGUUUGCUGUAAAUAGCAGAUCCAGGCGCACAUGCACCCGUUUUGUAAAUUUGAAGACAACACUGUGGGCCCAUGAAGAGCGGCAGUCGUGUUGUUUGAAACGACACAGCGCUAACCCCUUCAACCCUUUUGUUUCCUUGUGAACGAAGGUCUACGAGUGUUCUUUUAAAGCGUCGUCAUGGAGCCAGCGUGCCGCAAAGACAAGCAGAAGCAGACUCCGAACAGAGGGGACAACGGCAAGGCCAAGCAGAAAUCCGCGCAGCAGGAACUGAAGCAGAGACAGAGGGCAGAGAUUUACGCCCUGAACAAAGUGAUGACCGAACUGGAGCAGCAGCAGUUUGAGGCGUUCUGUAAGCAGAUGCAGUCGCAGGGGGAGUGAUGUGGAGCUCCUGGGCUUCAGCGGGGACCCUUCCAGGUAUGCUCUGCACGACCUCACCUUCUUCACAGCGAGAGACCGGGCAGCUUGAUUGACAAGCAAAGCAGAGGACGCAGUGCUGGAAACACACUAAUCAUCACCACCACGUUUCAACCGAGAACACCCCCCUCUAGAGCAGGGUCACAUCACCACAGGACGUUUACAACGUCCUGGGCUUGACCUGGAAAUGUCAGGUUGAUGCUUUCAUUCGCAGUGACUAAGAAUGGGUCCCAUACUUGCUGCUUUAACAUCACAGUAUUAGGUCAUGUUAUUGUUUUUGAUAAAAUGGUGUGAGGAGGAAUACAGCACUUGCAUGAGGAACAGUGUAAAAACAAAAUUCUAAGUCUGUUUUUUCUGUUUUGACAUUGAUCUGAAAUAUUAGUGGAUGAAGCAUGUUAUAAUUGAUUGCUACGAUUAACAUUGAGUAAGUGUUUCUUUUGCAUUUAUUUUUGUACAGGUCAGUUUGUAUGGGCUCUUUUAUAGUGCCUCCAGAGUAAAAACAAAAAAACCAAGCACCCAUGUGACAAAACCAAUCCAUGGCCCUCUGCAGGUUUAGAAUAGUAGAUCUACACUCUGAGAGUCCAUGCAAAGCCCUCAUAACCACUAUAAACAACAUGUUUGUCUUUACAGUACCUGGAUGGAAACAGAAGGGUCUAUUUUGAAGCAGGUUCGAAGUUUGCCCUGAAAAGAUUUUGAGCAUUAUAAGCUUUCAAACUGGUAGUGUCAGUCCCAGUUGAAAUAGUGUUGGCUCUGCUCUGCUGCCCAUGGAUAUAAACAGGUUAGCUGUUUCUUGAAUAGAUUUAUAAUGUGUGUUUUAUUUUGCAUUCAGAAAUGGGGUCAGCUUGGCAUUGUCAGGCCCAUAGGGUCAGUUGCAACAUUCCACUUAAACUGGUUAAACUGAGGUGUAGCUGGAAAAUAAGCAUGUGCGUUCAGCAUCUACAUAUCAAUUGAGAUAAUCGGAGUCAGAGCUUCAGCAUACCAGCAGUGGUUUCAUUCAGUCUCAUGUCAAGUUAACAUAGACCAUGCCUUGUGAGGUUUUACUGUGCUUUGUAUUUCAGACAAUUUUUCAGAUAUUUGAAUGAUAUAAAUCUGAGGUUUGUUGUUUUUUAUUUUAUUUUUAUGUAAUUGAGGUUAACAUUUAAAACUGUAGUGUUUGUUACAAGUGAACUUUGAUUUGUGGUUUGAAUUGUCCUUUUAAAUGCUAUUCAAAUGGAGCUUGUUGCACUCCACAAGGAACAUUGUUUUGCUCAAUACUGAGGUUAG